AUGGGUUUUGUGAGCUUUGCGAUUGACCUUGCGGCGGUGCUCAAUGCCUCUCGGUCUGUCGCAUCAAAGCAUGUCGCUCUUCGCGGCAGGCAGCUCGACGUCUAUAGCAGGACGUCGAGCGUUGCGUCUGUGUUGAGGAGUAAGGCUGCUGGUACUGUGCAAACGGAAGCUCCGGAGCAAAAGGAGCCGGCAGGUGGAAGCGAAGCUGUGGGAAAGGAGGCUGUGGACGUUGAGGAUGUUGCCGAGAAGAGCUCCGAGUCUGCGCCUGUUUCUGAGGGGCCAAAGCCGGGAGAUUUUAAGCUGCACGAGCAACCAAUCUACAAAACUUCACUAUCCGGAAGUGAUUCCGUACGGCAACCAGUAGAGAAUGCGUCUGCGAAUACCUCUCCGGCUCAGAACCAGGACCAGAUCAAGGAGGAGUUGGACGUACCUCAGGGGAUUGACGUCAACAUCUUUCACACUGCGCGAGGCUCUCAGAUUCUCGACUCAUUACGCAAGCAACGUGGAAAGCCAGAUAGCGGUAAAGAGGCUGCUGGUAGUGCUGCAAAGGAGCAUCCUCUACGAUACUGGCCGCGACCACCUCCUGUUAUGGAAGAUGUCACUCCUUCAAUUGCUGCUGAGGUUGAGACCAGUAUUGUUGAUGCUGCAGAUGAAAAAGCUCAGCAGAGUGUACAACAACCAGAGUCUGUUGUACCAGAGGCUAUUACAGAAGCUGCGCCAGAGGCUGCUACAGAAGAUAUCACAAAGGCUUCACCAGAGACUUCACCAGAGACUUCAUCAAGCCAUCAUACAAUUACAGAAGAGCCUCAGUCUAGCACGAAAAAGGUAGAUGAGGAAAUAGUCGAAGCUGUGAAAGCAGCGGCCAUCCCCGAAGCACCGCCCGUGAAUAUACCUACUUAUCAACUUCGAGAGUCCAAAGUACCCGCUACCAGAUUCAGUCGUAUCCUUAACUAUGGCGGUCUGGCUGCUGGAUUGUUGGGCGGAGCUGUGACGGAGAGCGUGAGCAGAGCAUUUGGUGGUGGUGGUGGUGGAGGAGGGUCUGUAUUACUCAGUGGGGGUAACAUGGAGAGAUUGGUUACAAAGCUCUCUCAAAUGAGAGGUGCUGCUCUGAAGCUGGGACAAAUGAUGAGCUUUCAGGACUCAAAAACAAUGCCGGCGCCUCUUCAAGAGGUGCUCCAGCGGGUUCAAGAUCGAGCUGACUACAUGCCGGCGUGGCAGCGGGACCGUGUUUUGGUCAGCAACCUUGGCUCCGACUGGCGAGACUUGUUCAGUGAAUUUGAAGAGAAGCCCAUUGCGGCCGCCUCGAUUGGUCAGGUGCACAGAGCCGUGCUCAAGUCAAACGGCAAGCGAGUGGCCGUCAAGAUUCAAUUCCCUGGCGUGGCCGAUUCCAUCAACUCUGAUCUGGACAAUCUCGGUAUCUUGCUUACGGCCACAAAGCUGCUCCCCAAGGGCCUCUACCUGAACAAGACGAUUGACAACGCGAGACUGGAACUCGGUUGGGAAUGUGACUACACUCGCGAGGCAGAGUGUGCGAAGCGGUACAAGGAACUGCUCCAGGGCGAAGAAGACGUUUUCGAAGCACCAAAUGUCCAUCUGGAGGCAUCUGGCAAGCAGGUUCUGACCAUGGACUUUCUCGACGGCAUUGGCGUCACUCGGGUCAAAUCGUUUACGCAGGAGCAGCGCGAUUGGAUUGGAACGCAGAUCCUGCGACUGUGCCUGAGGGAGAUUACAGAGUUCAAAUUUAUGCAGACAGAUCCCAACUGGACCAACUUCCUCUACAACGCCGGCACCAACAAGCUAGAGCUUCUCGACUUUGGCGCCUCGCGAGAGUUUCCCGAGGAGUUUAUUUCGCAGUAUGUGCAGCUCCUCGAGUGCGCAUCACGGUCCGAUCGAGCAGGCGUCAAGAAGUUCUCCGAAGGCCUGGGAUACCUGACAGGCCACGAGAGCAGGACUAUGUUAGACGCACAUAUCCAAUCAGUCCUCACUCUAGCAGAGCCAUUCCUCGAAUCGGCCCCUGAGGUCUACGACUUCAAGGACCAGACCAUUACCGAGCGAGUCAGGGCGCUCAUCCCAGUCAUGCUAAACGAACGACUGGCGCCGCCGCCCGAGGAAACGUACAGCUUGCACCGGAAGCUGAGCGGCGCAUUUCUGCUGUGCGCGAGGCUGGAGAGCAAAGUUCGGUGCCGCGAGCUGUUUGCCAACAGCGUGGCCAAGUCGGGCUAUGUUGAGCGCUCGUGA